AUGACAUUUUCAGCCGAACAAAUUCUUUCUAUAUUUGAAAAUAAAGAAGAGUUUCAAAAAUUAUUAUUUUCACAAAGAAAUGAUUAUGAUAAACUUCAAACCGAUAUUUUAGAUUCAUUCAAUAAAAUGUGUGAAGAAUUAAUGAAUAUUAAAAAUAUAUUAUACGCAAAAACAUUAAAUUUAAAUUUAGAUAGAAUCACAAAAGUUUUAAAUGAAUUAUUUACAAAGAAAACAAUGCAAUAUAAAGAUGGAUUAUCAAUUGUUAUAGAGUCAGCAUUAUUAUUACUUCGAAAAUUAUCACAAUGGAGUAUAACUUGUAAUUUAUGUUCAUUACAUAAGAAAUGGUUAUUAAUUGGUGGUGUAUAUGCAGAACAAAAACAAUUGAUUAAAGCAAUUGAAUCAAUGUCAGAAUUCCUUCAACUCUUACCAGAUGUUCAAAAAACCUAUACAGAGAAUGAGAAUGAUUAUUUCGAAAAAACUUUAAUUCAUGCAACCUUUAUAAAACUUCAAUGUUUUGAAGAUUUAAAAGUAUUACAAUACCAUUAUCAAAAUAAUAAUAAUAAUAAUAAUAAUAAUUCUUCUUCAUCUGAUUUCGAUAAAAAUUUCAUUGAAACUUAUAAUAAUUGGUUCAAUUAUAGAUUUCAAGUUGCUGAUAAACCAAAUAUUUAUCAUGAAGCUUUAUUUAUUAAAUUUUAUAAUAGAUCAGUUUAUAUACUUCAAAAAUAUAAUAAUAAUAAUAAUAAUAAUAAUAAUAAUAAUAAUAAUAAUAAUAAUAAUAAUAAUAAUAGUGGUAAUGGUAAUAGUGAAUUUGAUAAUACAAUAAUGUAUCAUUGUAAUUUUAUUGCAUGGAAAUCACUUUCAAAAAUAAAUAAUCCUUCAAAAUUCUUUGAUAGACUUUUAACUUUUUUAUUAGCAAUUCAAAAAAAGAAUUAUCAAUUAGAAACAAAUUGUUGGAGAUUAAUUCAAGAUAUUAUUAAUAUUAUAAAAAUAAAUUUAUUACCAUAUAUGUUACCACAAAUUUCAAUUGAUCCAAUUUUUAUUGCUUCUUUUUCAAUUAUUUCAAUUUGGGCAAAUGACUCUGUAUUAUUAAUUUUUAUUUUAUUAAAUAAUAAAAAAAAAAAAAAGAAAAAUUUAAAUUUAUUAAAUGAAAUUAAUGAAAUAACAAGUGAAUAUAUUAAAAAGAAAAAAGAGAAUAAAGAUAUUAUAAAAUAUUAUUCAACAGAAUUAGUAAUAACACAAUUAUAUUGUUGGACAACUAGAGCUAUAACAUUAUCAAAUAGAAUUAAGUUUAAUAAUAAUAAUAAUAAUAUUAAUAAUAAUAAUAAUAGUAAUAAUAAUAAUAUUAAUAAUAAUUGUGAAAUGACAGAUAUUGAAAAAGAAUUGAAUAGAUUAUUAAUUUCAAUUCAUCAACUAACAGAGAAAGCAUUAAUGAAUACAGAAUUUUAUGUUGAUAAUUCACAAAUACAACAAGGAGUUGAUAGUAAAUUCAUAUAUUUUAAAUUGUUAGGAUUAUUAUUACAAAAUUUAAUUGAAAUUGGUAUAGUUUCAAAACAUAAAGAGAAAUUAUACAGAAAUGAAUUGAAUUCACAAAUUCAAUUAUUCAACCAAUAUUAUUUAUUAAUGCCAUCAUUAAUUAUCAAAUGGAUACAAGCUUUCAAUCAAAAUGGUGUAUUGUUAGCAUCGAAUCAAAUGCAACCAUCAAGUUUGAUUUACAUUGAUGACUUUUUAAAAUCUUAUACUUUUUCAUUAUAUGAACAUUUUAAAAGAUUUCAAGGUUUAAUACCACAAGAUUUUAAAUCACAAUUCAAUGAUAUCAAUAGGGAUUUAUUAACCAUCUCAUUAGAGUAUUCGAUCAUUGGUAGCAAUACACCUGGUAUCACUAGUAGUGGUUUAGAAGAUUUAUCAACAUUUUUUUAUAAUAUUGGUACCCAUUAUUUUAAACUUACAGUACCACAUGAUUAUAAAUCAUCUUUAUUUUAUUUAGAAAGUUCAAUAAUUAUUUUAAACAAAUUAAUUCAAAGUAAAUUUAAUAAUAAUAAUAAUAAUAAAAAUAGCAAUAGUAGUAAUAGUAAUAAUAAUAAUAUUCAAAUUGAACAAUAUUAUGAUUCGUUAUCAUCAAGUUAUUUUUAUUUAUCACAAGUUUAUUUAAAAUUAAAAAAUUAUUUAAAAGCUCAUCAAUUUUCAGUUGAAUCAAUUAAAGCAUUUUUAAAAGAAAAGAAAUCAUUUACUGAAGUAAUUCAUAAUGGUAAUUCUUCAAAAAGUAGACGUUCAAUUCAAGAGAUUUUAAGACAAUUAGCUUUAACUCAACUUUAUUUAUUUAAUGAAAUUAAUGAAAAUUUAAUUAAUAAACAACAACAAUCAAGUAAUGGAAACAGUAGUAGUAGUAAUAGUAAUAAUAAAAGAAGUGAUGGUGGAUAUAUUCAACCAAAAUUUACAGGUAUUUCAUUUAUAAAUGAUAUAGUUGACAAUAGUAGUAUUGGUAAUAAUUGUGAUUUAGAAUUUAAGAUACAAUUAUUUGAUAUGACAUUAUUAAAUUUUAAUCAUAUUAUUACAGAAUCAAAUGGUCAUCAAUUAUUGUAUGUACAAAUCGAUAAGAUUUUAAAUAGUUUAACCAGUGAUAAACAUCCAAUACUUCAUGGUAGAUUCUUAAUGGAGAAAGCAAAGGUAUUAAGAUUUUGGAAUCCAAUGAAACAAGAUAUUGAAUUCAUUUUUCAACAAUCAAUCGAUCUCAUUAAAUCUCAAGAUCUUGAACAAGAUAAACCAUUUGAAUCUGCAAUUUAUAAUGAAUUGGCAAAAGUUCAUUUUUGGAGGGCAAUCACCCAUGUUGAAAUUCAUCAAAAUCAAUGUAAAGAUAUAUUAAACUAUUUAUCAAAUGAAAGAAUUAAACAACAAAAUUUAACAUCAACAAAUGGUAAUGAUACCAAUAGUAAUAAUAAUACAGAUACAACAACAACAACUCCAACAUCAUUAUUUAGAUAUAGUUCAACUACUUCAAUUUGUAAUUUUAUAAAAUCAACUGAUCAAAAUAGAUUUAGAUCACCAAUUGGUUCAGAGAAUAGUAUAAUUAGUAAAGAAUUUAAACUUUCUUUAAAUCUUUGGAGUAAAUUAUUAGAAUCAUUAAAGAAACCACCAACUGAACAACAACAACAACAACAAGUUACAAAUUCAGCGAUUGUUGUCGAACCACAAUGGAUUAAAGAUAAUUUAAAAUCAUUUAUAUCACCACAUACAACAAUUUCAUUAUUGUAUAGUAUGAGCGAUAUUUAUAGUUUUGAAGGUGACUUCAUCAGCUCAAUAUUUACAUUAAAGUUAGUGAUUGGUUUAGUUAAAUGUUUAUUUAGUAAUGGUUCGUUGUGUUAUUUAACAGAGAUUUCAAAAUGUUUUAAUUUAAUAAGUUCAAAUUACUUAGAAAUGAAUAAUACCAGUCAAUCAAAACAUUAUUUAGAAUUAAAUGAUCAAUUGAUUAAAUCUUAUCAAUCGAUUUUAGUACAAGAGAAAUUGGAUUUGUUUCAAUUACAUUAUCAAAUUCAUUUUUAUGAAUUACAAUAUUGUUUAUACUCUUCCAAUGAUUCAAUUUGUAAUGAAAUUAUAAAGUUAUACGAUCAAUGUUUAAAACAAAUUGAAACUAAUUAUAAAUGCUUUGACAUUUCAUUAUUUAUGAAAAUUUCAAAAAUAGUCUCAAACAUUUACGUUUCUCAAACAAAUUCUGCAAUGGCUUUUGUUGUCUCUGAUAAAUUAGUUCAAUGUAUUUUCACUGCUAUGCCAAUGGAAUCUUUAGAUUUAUUAAAAGAACAAAAAAAAGAAUUAAAACAACAACAGCAACAACAACAACAACAACAACAACAACAACAACAACAACAACAACAACAACAACAACAAGGAGUAAACAGUAGUAAUAAUAGUUCAACAACAACGCCAACAAAAGAUAAUAUUUCAACAACAACUACAACAACAAAAGAAAUUAGUAUGUUACCAGUUACAACUACAAGUAAAUGGGCAUCAUUAAAGAUAUGUUUAGAUUCUUUAUUACAUAUUUCAAGUAUAUUUGAACUUAGAGGUAGACCAAAAGAAGCUCAAUAUUUUUAUGAACGUGGUUUAUUAAUUGGUAUAAUAUAUGGUUCAAUAAAGGUUACAUGUGAAUUCUUGGCUGAAAUUGGUGAAUUAUUUUAUUCAAAACAAAAUUAUGUUGAUAGUAAAAUUAAUUUAGAUUUAGUAUUAUUUUUAAUUUCUCGUCAUUCAACUGCAAAUAAACAAUCAUCAUCAAUUAUUGAACCAUCACUUCAAAAACCAAUGAUAUUAUCAAAUAUGUUAUUAGGUGAUUUACAUCGUAAACAAUUAUUAAUUUCAAAAUCAACAGAUCAUUAUAAUAAAUCCUUAUCAUUAAUUAAUAACCUUUAUAAUGAUGAAAAUCAAUUAUUAACUAAAUUUAAUAACCUUUUAAAUAUUACAAAUGAUUCAACUCCAAAAGAAGCAAGAUUAAUUAAAUUAUUAUCUUCAAAAUCAAUAUCAGCAACAAAGCAACAACAACAACAACAACAACAACAACAGCAAAAAUUAAAAAAUAAUGAUAAAGAUGAUAAAGGUGUUCAAGAAAUUAAGAAUCAUUUAUCUUCAUUUGAAUUAAGAAUUAAAGGUAAAUUAGCAAAAUUAUUAAUUGCACAAAAUAAAUAUGAUUUAGCAAUUGAAUCAUUAGAAGAAUUAAUUCAAGUUGACCAACCAAAGGAUGGUGCAAGUGGUAAUACUAAUGGUAGUGGUAGUGGUAAAAAUGGUAGUGGUAGAUAUUGCCAUGAUAUAACAUUAUCAAUUUUAGAGUUUCAUCUUGGUAGAGCAUAUUAUUUAAGUGUUGAUGAUGAUUAUAAGGAUAAAAUUUGGUCAAGAACUAUUAGUGUCAAUAAUUUUAAAGUUCAUCCAUCAAUUUCAUCAGCAAGAGAAUUAUUAUUAAGUUCAUUUGAAAGAGUUGGAAAAUAUAAUAUUAUCAAAUUGAACACUUCUUGUUGUAAAUAUUUAGCUUUAACAACUGGUCAAUUAUUACCUUUUGUAACUUGUCAUUUCAUUAAUCUUUCAAUUGGUAUUAAAUCAAAACAUGAUAUGCAAUCAAUUUUACAUCAUCAAAAAUCUGAAAAGAAGACUACAACAACACCAACAACAACAAUAACACCAAAUAGUAAGGAUCAAUUUAUAAAAGUUAAAGAAUCAUUAUUUUCUUGGAAUGGUGGUAUUGAAAUACCAAAUCAAUUAGGUGAUAUUCCGUUCUCAAAUAAAUUGAAAAAGAUUUAUAGUACUGAUUUACCAGUUGAUUGGUCAACUUGUAGUUUAACAUGUGAAGAUGAUCAUUUAAUCAUUUGUAAAAUGGUUGCCAAUCAAUCACCAAUUUUAGUUAGAUCGAAAAUACCAACCAUUUCAAAUGCUUUCAAUACAGCAUUAAUUGAAGAAAUUAAUAACCUCAAAAAUAUUAAUAAAAAUUCUGAUGAUACCGAAACUGAUGGUGAUGAUGAUAAUAAUAAUAAUAAUGAUGAUGAUAGUGAAGAUUAUGCUUAUUAUAAUUUUGAUGAUGAAAGAGAAGAUGAUGAAGAAGAUAUGGAAUUGGAAUUAGAAGAGGGUGAAGAAGAAGAAUAUAAUGAACAAAAUACAAAUAGAAAUAAUAGUGAUUAUGAUAGUAGUGAUGAUAAUAAUGAUAGUGAUAAUGAAAAAUAUGAAAAUAAUUUAUUUAAAAGAAGAAGUAGUAGUUCGAUUGGUAAUAGAGAAGAUAACAUUAGUUCAUUAAGAAGAAGUAGUAGUUCAAUUGGUAAUAGAGAAGAUAAUAUUAAAUUUAAUAUGAUGGAUAAAAUUAGAGGUAAUAUAAGAAUCAUUGAAAGUGAAAAUUUAUUUAAUAAUAAAGAAAAUUCACCAAAUGAAACUACUGAUAGUAAGAAAGCUUGGUUUUGUAAAAGAAAGACAUUGGAAUUUGAAAUUAGUAAAGUUUUAGAUAUGGUUGAUACAAUUUUAGGUCCUUGGAAAACUUUAUUAAUUGGUUCAUUAACAAAUCCAAUUACAAAAGAUAAAUAUAAUCAAACAAAAGAUUCAUUAAUGCAAAUUUUAAAUAAUCAAUUAUUUAUUGAAAAUAACGGUAAUAAUAAUAAUAAUAAUUCAAGUAGCACAAUAAAGAGGUCAUCUUCUUCAGUGCAAUCAACCACCAGUACUACUAAUGCAACAGGAACAACAGCAACUAUAAUUAAAAAGUUUGAUAAUAUUUUAUUUGAUUGUAUAUUUUAUGGUUUUCCAAUUCUCAGUCAAAGAGCAAUAACAGAUGGUAUUAUUGAAUUAAUGGAAUAUUCAAGUUUAGAUAAAACUGCGGCAACAUUAGAAGGUCAUCCAAAUUUUCAAUCUAUACUUGAAAUUUAUAAUUUAAUUUCAUCAGAAGUUUCAAAAUGUUAUCCACAAUAUAAUAGUUCACCUUCCACAACUACAACAAGUGUAAAUAAUAAUAAUGCGAUAACAGUAAAUGAAAAUAGUAGUAGUAAAAAUUCAACAGUUGUACCAUUAGUUUUACAAACAAUAUCACCAACUACACCAUCAAAUAUUAAACAAAAUAAUUUAAAUUUAUUUUUAAAUCAAGAGAGACAACCAAUUGUAUUGAUUGUUGAUAAGUUUUUACAUUGUUUACCAUUUGAAUCGUUGGCACCAUUGAAUCAAAUGUCAUUGUAUAGAUUACCAUCAUUCACAUUCCAGAGGUAUCUUUGUUAUGAUCAAAUUUCAAAUCAAUUUAGUAAAGUUAUGCCAAUUAUUGAUCCAAAGAGUUUAUAUUAUCUUUUGAACCCAAGUGGUGGCUUGAAAGAGACAGAGAAUUACUUUGCACCUUACUUUAAAAAGAAAUUUCCAGAAUGGGAUGGACUCGUUGGAAGUGUACCCUCGAAACAUCAAUAUAAACAAGCGUUGGAGAAUCAUGAUAUUUUCUUUUACAUGGGUCAUGGUAGUGGUGAACAAUACUUUAGAGGUGACCGUAUUCAAAAGUUGGAAAAAUGUGGUGUUUCUGUUUUAAUGGGUUGUAAAAGUGGUCAUCUUGAAGAACAAGGUGAAUUUGAACCAACUGGUGUUAUACUCGAUUUCCUUUUGGCUGGUAGUAAAACUGUCAUUGGUAAUAUCUAUGAUGUUCCAACCUCGGAUUGUGAUCGUUUAACCAAAUCUUUCUUAAACAAAUGGUUUUUCGAUUUAAAAACAAAUGCUACAAAACCAUUAACAAUUGAUAUUAGUUUAGCAAUUUCAUUCGCUCGUAAAUCUUGUGAUUGGAAAUAUUUAGUUGGUGGCAGUUGUAUUUGUUAUGGUAUUCCAAUUUUAUUAAAAUCUUUUAAUCAAUAA